AUGCCUCCAUCUAGUUCGGAUGGUUCAUUUAUAUCAAGUUCCAGUUCUGAUUAUGGUGAAUCCAGUGUAAGUUUUCGUGUUUUUAUACUGCAUAUUUUUUUUAAGGGUGGGAGGAGGUAUAUGGAAGAUAGAAUUCAAGUAGAAUGUGUGCAUCAUUCAGAUGGUUCAAUAGAUUAUUUAUUUGUUGGUGUUUUUGAUGGUCAUGGCGGUGCUGAGGCAAGUGAUCAUGUUCGCAAAAAUCUUUUACGCUAUAUCCAGUUGCAAGAAGGGUUCAAUGGGAGCGAUGAUGAAAUGAAAGAAGCUAUAAGGAUGGGAUAUAUACAGACUCAUCUGUCGAUGUUAGAUGUUAUUGAUGAUUGGUCAUAUACGAAUUCUGGUUACAAAAGUACGGCGGGCACCACAGCUACAUGUGCUUUUUUUCGCCGCGGAAAACUUUUCACUGGUCAUGUCGGUGAUUCAGUUAUUGUUGGCUGUUAUAAGAAAGUACAGUUCCAUUUCAAUUUUAUAUUUUACACAUUUUCAGAAAAUAUGAUCAUUGGGAAAGCUUUGACAGUAGAUCACAAACCUGAUAACAUAAUAGAGAAGGAUAGAAUAAUCAAAGCUGGGGGUAAAAUCAUGAAGAAAUCAGGUAUUCAUCGCGUCGUGUGGAAAAGGCCAUUGCAUGGGCAUAAUGGGCCAAUUCAGUCGUCUACACCUAUGGAACACGUCCCGUUUUUAGCUGUAGCUCGAGCUUUAGGUGAUUUAUGGUCUUAUAAUGCGGUUACAAAAAAAUAUAUUGUUAGUCCUGAACCCGACACCGAUAUUUAUUCUUUGGAGCCGGAUCUAAAAAGUGUGGUUCUUGGAUCGGAUGGCCUAAUCAAUGUCCUUCAACCUCAGCAGAUUGCACAUAUCGUCUUACAGCACGAUACAUUCAAUGGAACAAGGUCGCAAUAUGUCACUAAUCACUCGAUGUGGUUGCUUCAUUAUGCCCUUCAAGGAUGGAAAACUUUUCGGGCUGACAACAUUUCAAUUAUUACAGUAUAA